GGACUAUCCGUUGCUAUUUCUUCUUUGUAUGUGCAUAUUAGUGAAAAGUGCUGCUUGACAUUAAAGCAAGCUAGUAAAUACACAAUUGAAAGGAAUGCAUCUAGAACGCUCAAUCUCCGCUACGAAAUCAUCAACAAUUGGAUAGAGGCCGGUGUUGAUUUCCAGAAAAACUGUGUGUUUAUUGAUGAAGCUGGCUUUCACUCUCAACUGAUGAGAGGGCGUGCAUGGUCGAAA